AAUCUCGUCAGAGUUUGCCGGCUGCCGACAAUUGUGUCUCUCUUGUCAUGAAUGUCAUGAAAGAUCUGGCUUUAACCUUGUCAAACCACGAUAAUAGUUCAUCAUUAUAGAUUUCUGCGUGCAAAAAAAAACACACACACGAGAAACAAGUGAGCAGUCUUCUCUUGGGCCACAAAACCCAUGUUGCAUCAUAUUGGGAACAAAAAUGUCAGAAAUAAAUUUAACAAAGUGGGACGUAUCCGAAAUUUUUAAGAACCAAAACAGUUUAAUCCUCCUCAAUCAACCAGUGCUCAACGAAAGCUUCUUUGUGGAACUAUGGAACAAAGCAAAACUCCGCAUACUCGUUGAUGGAGGAGGAAACCGCUGGGAUAAAAUUAAAACAACAUUCCCCGACAUUUCAUAUCCGCAUAUUGUUUCUGGUGACUUUGAUUCCAUAAGACCGCAUGUUUUGGAGCAAUUUAAGCAGCAAAAUGAAAUUCGGAUUAUAGAGACUCUAAAUCAAGAUGAAACUGAUUUCACUAAAGCGUUACGAAUUUUGCAAGAAGAACUCUCCUCCUUGCCACAAACACAGGUUGCACAAGUUGUGGCAUAUUGCGAAUCCUCUGGGAGGUUUGAUCAGAUCAUGGCGAAUAUUGAGACACUUUUUCACGCCGUGACAAUUGCGCCUAGCGUGCAAUUAUUCUUGAUGGGGUCUACAUCAAUUACCUGGUUACUACCCCCGGGGCUGCACCAAAUUCAAUUUGGCGAUGUCGUCGUCCCCUAUUGUUCUCUCAUUCCUGUGGGAUCGCCUUGCUCAAGUAUUACUACCACUGGAUUGCGAUGGAAUCUGACCAACGGAAAACUAGAAUUCGGUUAUCUCGUCAGUACCAGUAAUGAGAUUGCAGCCGAAAAUGUUGACCGUGUGGUCACUGUAAACAAUUCAGAACCGAUUUUGUGGUCAAUGGAAUUCGGUAGUCCCACGGAUAGCUAAAAAUAUUGCACAAUUUAUAUUUAGGUAUUGACUGUACUUUAAGUGAAUAAAUAAAUAAUUUGUUACACCAUGAGA